CCCUCAAGUCUUUUUCUUUUCCAUUUUUUUUUUAAGGUCGGUUCAUUGAAAGGCAGCCAAAGAUAAUAAACAGCAUGACUGUAUCUGAUCAAGACUUGCGUGGUUUGGGUGUUCAACAUGUCUUUCCUAUAAGCCCUUCAAGUUCAACAGAUGUUGUAAAACCCACUACCUUUUAUGGCCCCAUUAUAAAUGAGGAACAGCUUUUAAAAAAAAACAAUUUGAUCUCAAUCCUGUCUUCUGAAUGCAUACGUCUUAUUCACUGGAAGAUCCCUGGAAAGAGUGCUAUUGUCUUUGGUAGCAUUCUGUUUCUUUUGAUCCUGACUUCUUAUCACUCACUCUUGUAUUUGUUGGCUGGUGGAUUGACUACCCUAAUUGGAUUUAACUUGGCCUUUGUUAAUAUCUACAAUUGGAUGCGAUCUCUUUGGACUGGUUUGCCUGUCAACCGACUCCAACAUCCAUUUCAUAUGCAUAUGAAUCAAACAUCGCUCUCCAUUCGCACUGCGAUGGAACAUACCAUUCCUGUGUUCAUGGACAUACUCGAAAUCAUGGCUCAGAAAUCAGCCAAAGUGAUCUAUGUAGAAGACACAAACACAACAGCCCAAGUAUGUCUUAUUUCAGCCUUUGUUUACAUGAUCGCUGGUAUCGUGCCAAUCAAAAUGCUUUUUGGUCUCUUUAUUGUCGGUGUAUUUACAAUGCCUUAUGGUUAUGAAAGGCAUCGCGGCUGUAUCGAACAACAGAUCAAGACAUAUCGAGCGCAAUUCAUCAUGGCUAUGAACAGGUAUGAUCAAGUUUCUCGAGAACGAUUGUAUGCUAUGUUUGCAUUUAGUCUAGACAAUGAUUUGAAAGUCCACGUUAAGGACAUGUUUAAAAGAUUAGAUGCUUUGAUACCAGACAGCAAUUCUAAAGAAAGUAUGCUUAAAGAACACUAAAGAAAGAACUAUUCACUCUUAUGAACAAGCAGUAAUAAAGUAUAUAUAGUGGUGUUCAUUUUUACAUUUGAAAA